CGGAAUCGAAGUGAAGGAUGCGUCUACGAUCUAUAAGUUCAUGUACGCGCUAGCCUUCAACGGUGAAAAUGGGGCUGUUCUCAACUUUGCCGACGCGAAUAAAUUGGUGCUGAUGAUCAAAAGCAGUGAUCUCACCGAGGACAAUCGCAUGCGCAUUUUCGUGCAAACGUUGCUGAUGUGUUCGGAUCAAGUGGAGCCGAAUCCGCUUCAGCCCACAGAUGCUGAAGCAUAUCGAGUUCGCAUGGAUGCGUGGUACUCACUGACGUCUUUCCUUUAGGAGUGUGUUACGCGACAUGUUCAUUGAUUGCAAGAUGGUAGUUCCAAUCAGAGUGUGUCAGUUUUGUUUUUUGUUCAUUUCCUUUUUUCUGGAAAAAGAAGAAGAAAGUUAUGUUACAUUUGAAAAAGAAUUCACUCCUUUCACAAGGUUUAACAAUGCGUUCCCGCUGUUAUGGAGACACGCCGCGGAUGCUCAAAUUACGUUGAGCAAGGCUAUUGCUGAGAAUCAGAAGCAGAUCGAGGCGAUGAAGGAGGAGAUGGAGAAAAUGAAGAACCAGGCUGGCAAAUGGAGUGGCCCAUAUAACAAUGGUUUUCGUAACUACAACAGCAACCAAUACAACAAUAACGGGGGGAAGCACAGCAACAAGAAUAAUUAUAAUAAGAACAAUAACCACAGCAAUAACAGUAAAGGGGGUGGUAAAAACGACAAGAAUGGGAAAAAGGGCAAAAAGCAAUCCUUGCCUAAGUCGUGUUUCGACUGGAUGUGGGGGCUUUGUGAGAAGGAAAACUGCCCACACGAGCACAAGCGUCCUUCUCGUGAACAGUUUGAACAGAUGCAAUCCAGCAAGUUGUCGUGGGCGGUGGCGGGGCUGUCCUACGACGACUUGCCAGAGAGUUGAUUGAUUGACGUCGGUAGCAGUCACUUCUUCUUUCAUAGUUAGGAUAGCAGAUCCAGUAGUAAGUACUUAUGUCGAAAGAGUUUUUUUUUAGAGAUGUCAUGGCUUCCAAGUAGCAGUUGUUUCGAGUGUUAGUAUCUCCCUUGUAUGUCAUCCUAAGUCACAAGAUCAUCGUGGACAAUCUCUGACCGGCAGUCAUAGUUUAGUAGUGCUUAGUGUCAAUUGGAUUUUUGUGGAUUUUAAGGUUUGGUUUCUUCAAGGCAGCUAGCUGCUUGUCAACGAUUUUGCUGGGUUCAUAUCUGCUCAGAGUCAUCUCAGUUUUUGAAGAUAGAGCAAUUUGCAUCAUCACGCCUUUCGGCAUUUCACUCAUCACAAGUGAAUAACAUUUGCAGUCUCAUGCGCAGCGGUUCGAGAAAUAAUGGCUUUUCUCGUUGCUUGACUACUUCGUGGGAUGCUUGUUGAUCUCAUUUACUGCUUUUUCCCUCCGGCAGUAGGUAACGUGUCUAUCAAUGCCAUCCUAGAUGAGAACGCAACGAUUGAAGGAUAAGAAAGGAAGGUUGUGGGGGUUGACUCGCGUGGAUGUUCAAAAAGGGAAAAUAAAGGAAAAAAAACCGCCAAAGAGGGAGAGGUAUGCAAAACCACUGGUGCAAGAAUUUUUCUUUCGCUCAGGUCAGAUUCUUUUCAAUGACGGCGCAUGAAUCUAAAGAAGGUUUUUUUUUUGAUUGUUGCACACGACGAAAGAUGCAAGACUCGAGCCACG